CAUGAAAAUGAAAGCCGAAACGGGAUGAAUUAUGAAUCUCUCCGAAAUCAUGAAAAUCUUGUUUUUAAAUUACAUAGGAAUAGAACGGAUAGCAACUUAUAUAAUAUAUUAUUAUUCUAAUACUUGACUCAACACUAAAGAAAAAAUAAAGAAAAAAAUAAGAAUAUAACAGCCACCAGACAGACCGACAGACGACCAACGAGUUUGCAGCAUCCAUCCACCAUGGCAACUAAACCAAUCAUCAAAAUUGCGGCAAUAUGUGGAUCUCUUCGCAAAGCUUCAUACAACGCUGGCCUUCUUCGAUCUGCGAUUGAGUUGAGCGGAUCGAUAGAUGGAAUCGCGAUCGAGUACAUCGACAUUUCGCCUCUGCCGAUGCUGAAUACAGAUCUGGAAGUGAACGGAAAGUAUCCGCCGGUGGUUGAGGCGUUUCGUCAGAAGAUUCUUCAGUCUGAUUGCUUUCUCUUUGCCUCUCCUGAAUAUAAUUACUCCAUCACUGCACCUUUAAAGAACGCAAUAGAUUGGGCAUCAAGGCCACCAAAUGUGUGGGCGACUAAGCCUGCUGCUAUCGUAAGUGCUGGAGGGGGCUUUGGUGGAGGACGGUCACAGUACCAUCUUCGCCAAAUUGGAGUUUUUCUUGAUCUUCAUUUCAUAAACAAGCCCGAGUUUGUCAUAAAUGCGUUCCAACCUCCUGCAAAGUUUGAUAGUGAUGGCAAUUUAAUCGAUGCUGAAGCUAAAGAAAGGCUAAAAGCUGUUGUUCAGUCUCUGAAAGACUUUACCUUGAGACUCCAACAAGGUAAUUGAUGAUGGAUUUGCAUGCUAUUGGCUCAAGUGUUUCUUAAUAAUGAAAUGCAUAACAUUAUAUAUUUAAACUUAUUUAUUGAAAUUUGAAUUGUUGAAAGCAAAUUGGAUGUAUUUGCUAAUGGAUAUUGUGUCAUGUGACAGUGUGGUUUUGUUGAAAUUGUAUAAUAGUGUAAUGCUAUUGGUGCAAAUCUAAGGAAA